UGUUUAUUUUAAAUAGCUAUUAAUAGCGAAAUAAUUUUAUUUAAAUAAAAAUGCCUGGAAUAAAAUGAAAAUUGUCUGAAAUUAUCAGUUCAAAAUUGUCAUUUCAAGUUUCAAAAAACAUCAAUAACAUUUGUGCCCGUGAUCUAUGCAAAAGAUCUCUUCCAAAAAUCUCCUCAAUUUUUCAUAACAAAUCACAAAAAUGGAAUCUAUUGUUUCAGUACUCACAAACUCACAGACACAGAUGCUUUUCCAUUCUAUUCAUCCCAUCUUUCUUAUUUUCUCCCUGCCUCCCCCAGGACGCACCUUUCGUAAUACAUUUAUACAUAGAAAUGGGAAGAAAGUGGUCACAAAAGCACACAUAUACACAAAAUUUAUGCCGUAAAGCUUUAAGUGCUUUGACUUUGUCUCCUAGAAACUUGAGCGCACCGCGUGCUGGAAACCAUUGGAAACCGUUUGAAACAACAUCUAUCGGACCCUCCCGCCGCCGCUCGGGCCUUCACUCAUUCAUUCAUUCACAAAGCUAUUUUUUCUGUGCUUUUUCGUUUUAUAUUCGCAAUACGAUACGAAUACGAAACCAUGAAACUUCUACUCGCAAUCUCGAUUCUGGUACUCUGGAUUUCAGAGACAGAAUCCACAACAUGCUUCGUCCAAAAUAGUAUUCUCAAUGCGUUCACUCAAGUCUGCCCGGGAAACAUCUACACCUGCAUGAAGUUCGACUGUAAAGUGAACAAUCCGAAGAAAUUCCGUCAGACCACUAAAGGAUGUAAUGAUCCUGGAAAUGCCCUGGUCGCCUGUACUCAGCUUAUGACGCAAUGCCAAGCCCAAGGUGGAACCGGACAAUGCUACACUUGCAAUGGAGAUUACUGUAAUUCCAGUCCAACGAGCUUCUCGAUUCUCAUCUCCAUCGUCGUUCCUGCAAUUUCCUACUUUUUAAUUUUCUAAUUCCAAAAAAUUUAAUUUAAGUUUUUGUGCCAUUUUUGGCUUUUGAAUUCGUUGUAAAACAUCAGUAGGUUGUUUUUUUUUAGUGAAAUAAAUCGGGAAAAAAUUGGA